AAAAAUCCUUCAUUGGUAAGGACAACAGUAAUGAGUAGAAAUUUCUAUUUCAAUCGUUUGUAUAGAAAUAUAUUCAAUAACAAUAACCAUCAUCAUCAUCAGCAGCAAAAGCAACAAAAGCAUUCUGAUAACCAUCAACAACAACAGCAGCAGCAGCAGCAACAACAACAACAUCAGCAUAUGGAGACCACACCUCAGCAUUCUGAUCAGCAUGCACAUAUACAUCAGAAACAUGAAAUGAGUAGUAAUAGCGGUAAUCAGAGUACUAAUUACAAUAACCAUAAGUGAGUGAGUGUCUGCGGGAGUGUGUUAAUUAGAGCCAUGGCUGAAUCAAGUAACAUAAUUGAGUCGAUGGGUGCUGUAAGAAAUACGCAGUAUUAUGGAUCUUCUUGGCUUUGGCAGCUGUAGCCAUAACACUAGGUCUG